AUGUUAAAGCAAUUAUAUGAAAGUGAGUAUCUUUAUACUAUUUCAGAAAACUUUGAAAAUAGCAUGAAUCAAUUUUGGGAUACAUUUCAAAACACUUUAAACAUUAAUAUUUGUGGAAUUGAUGGAAAGAGAAGAAUAUUGUCAAUUAUUGCUGACAAAAUUCUCUAUGAUAUAAUCAAAAAAAAUUUGCUA